CCCCGCUCGGCCCCAGGAGGUAACCGGUCACCGGUAAGGAUCAAAAAUGAGCCUUCUGUUUUUUGCACUGCUAUUCCUAAUGCAAGAUAAGAGUGUGUGUGAAAGAAUUUUGGUGACCCAACAUCAGUUGAAGGUGGACCCUGAAGCUUAUAUGAACAUUCCUCAGCUUAUCUCCUACCGUGGUUACCCAAGUGAAGAGUAUGAUGUGGUGACUGAAGAUGGCUAUAUCCUCAGUGUAAACAGAAUUCCUCAUGGAUUGGCAGGAACUAUUGAAGGAGUCCGACCAGUUGUAUUUCUGCAACAUGGCUUGCUGGCUGCUGGAAGCAAUUGGGUCACAAACCUGGCAAACAAUAGCUUGGGCUUCAUAUUAGCAGAUGCUGGUUUUGAUGUAUGGAUUGGAAAUAGUCGAGGAAAUACAUGGUCACGGAAGCAUAAAACCAUUCCAAGAUAUAAGGAGGCAUUCUGGAAUUUCAGCUUUGAUGAAAUGGCCACCAAAGAUUUACCAGCAGUGAUUAACUUCAUCCUUCAAAAAACAUCACAACAACAGUUAUAUUAUGUUGGUCAUUCCCAGGGAACAACAAUUGGUAUGUCAAACACCCACAUGGGGCUUCCCAACCACGUUCUCUUCGUCAGCAUCCUGGCUCUGCUUGCCCACUGCUGCCCCCUCCUCCAACCACAAGCGGCUUCCCCCUCCAUAUCUGUGCACAUGAACCUCCAGAAUUGUUUUGGUAAUGCUUUUAAGCAGACAUACCUUACCAAUAUUUACUUAAUGAUUGCCUAUAAAUACAGUAACAGUCACUUUCAUCCAUUUAGUUAUGGUAAUAUUAAUUAUUGUAAUAUAUUCAUACUCUGUAUUUUUCAGGGUUUGUUUGGAAAUAAGGAGUUCCUUCCACAAACUAAGGAAAUAACAUGGCUUGCUACACAUAUAUGUAACCGCUUUUUAAUUGAAGAACUUUGUGGCAAUGUAUUCUUCAUAAUAAGUGGAUUCAAUGCAAAGAAUCUCAAUACGAGCAGAAUACCAGUCUAUUCAGCACAUUGUCCUGCUGGAACCUCCGUACAAAAUAUUAUACACUGGAGUCAGGCUGUGAAAGGGGGGCAUUUUCAGGCUUUUGAUUGGGGUUCUACUUCAAAAGAUAUGGCACAUUAUAAUCAGACAAAACCACCUCUCUACUACUUGAAAUCAAUGCCUGUUCCAACUGCUGUAUGGUCUGGAGGAAAUGAUUGGCUAGCUGAUCCCCAAGAUGUGGACAAGUUAUUGAAACAACUGCCCAAUAUUAUUUAUCACAAGAAAAUACCUGAUUGGGAACAUUUAGAUUUUAUCUGGGGUCUGGAUGCUCCACAACGCAUGUACUAUGACAUCAUUAGUCUCAUGAGAAAGUAUCAGUGAGUCAGAGUGUGCAAUAAUCUUAUUUCAAAAACUGGAGUUAAUGGACACUUCUCAAGAAUUGCUUUUCUUUUUUCCCUUUUAUUGCUGCGUUAUAUGGAUCAAAGACCCUCAGAUUCUUAAGAGGUAAAACACCAUAUUUUAGAAUUAAAGUUUUAAUAUUUUGCUGCCCAGAUUGUGCCUGAAGAAGUGUCUAAUCUCAACCCUGAAACUCCUAAUCUGCAGUCAUAUUGCUGUGGCCAAAAACAAGUUGAAUCCUGAUUCUUCUUAAACAGGAUGAAAAAUGUGGAGUGGGCCUUGUCAAAAUAAAAAUUAAUGGAGGCUUUGGAACUGUUGCCCAUCUCCUCCUCUUAUUGGAUUUUUGAGAUCAAGGAAUUAAUGUUUGACAGAUUUUCUUUGACUUGUUCAUGGCCUAGAAUUGCCAGGGAUGCCAUGCAUGAAAGCAUGCUAACUAACCUUGUGUGCAUUUGGAUAAAACCAUAUUACAUAUGAUCUCUUUCAGUUUGAUUGCUCUUCCCUAUCAUGCUUUUUCUGAACCAGUGAUUCUUUUAUUGACGGUGUUUGUACAUCACGUUUGGAAGCAACACUUUAAGUCAAGAAGGUGCAAGUUCCCUGAAAAAGUCCCACUAUUAGUGGCAUUUAUGGCACAUACUUCCUUUUCAAAUAGAGAAUUCAAAGAACGUUUUCUGCUGUUUACGCUUCCAGUUAUAUUUUGCUACAUGGACUAACUUGUGAGAACGUGGUAUUAUUUUGAUCAUGAAGUUACUCGUUGAACCCGAUUUGGGGGGAAAAGUUUGAUUUCUGAACACGGAGUUCCAAUUCAGUUUACUAUAAAUUAAAAGCCACUUGCUGAGACAAUCUGCACCUGUUCCUUCAAACUCACUUAACAUAGGAACUGUUAGCAACUUUUUUUUUAAAGAAGUGGAUUUCCAAAGGAAAAAACUGAAUUAUGAGGAGUACCUUGUCACAUCAUUCAGUUAAUACUGCCAACCAAAUACCUGCCUUGCCUCGGGCUCUGAACAGCAGCCUCUAAUGUGAAAAUAUGAAUUAUACAAUAUUGUGAGGCUUUGUGAUUGUGGAAACUAUUAAAUCAUGUAAACCAGCAUUCUCAAGAAAUUAAAUUGUUAGUCAUUUGAUGAUGCAGGGCAAAUUUUUGAAUGUAUUUUUAAUGGUACCAUUUGAGUUCAUAUCUCAGGAUCAAUUUUUCACGAGAACUACAUUAUUAAUAUUUUUUAGUAUGUGGCUGUGAUCUGCAGCUGACUAGAAUAAUCAGAUCAAUGUUCUAAUGAAAAUUAAUUGGAUGUUGCAGAAAAGGUGAUCUGAUUAGUUGAGGUGCUAGUAAUUCUAUAAAAGCAACGAUUAGUUUUAGUCAAACAUGUUUGUGCACUGGCCUGAUGAUGGCUAGUUCGCUUCCUGAAAAAGACAUGCCAAUCAGACUUUCACCUGAUUUUGCAUAUUAAAAUCAACAACAUGGCUUUUAAUACAUGUGUACUUGCAGUAGUCUGAACACUGGCACUUGGUAGGAAAAUUAAAAUGGAACAGAACUAGAUUAUGUCAGUAAACCAGUUCAUAAUGGUUAACUUCACAUAACAUUAAUAAAACAGCAAUAAUGAUCAAGGCAUUGAUAUUGUAAUUAAGUUGAAAAGUGCUGUGUUUGAGUGAUGUAAGUGUUUUUUUUUAAUCUGUGUCUGUGUUUCAGUACAAUAGACUGCUAAUUUAAACAACAUAGACUUGUAUGCAAUACCAUGUCACAAUUUUGUCUCGCUCUUCUAAAUGGAACAACUUCAAUAAAGUGAAUAAAAUUCAAAUAAACUAACUUGAUUUUA